AAAGGCUGAAACAAACGGAAAUGCAUUCGUUUGUAGCAGAAUGUCCAUUCUGUAUUUUCCAUGCAUGGUAAGGGUUUGUUAAUGGUGUCAAGUGUAAGAACAUUCGGCAGCUAAUGGUGCAGUAUAGGGGUGAGCAUUGUUACUGUCAUAGCAUAGCUGCUGGGCAUCAUUGUUAAUUACCGCUCUUGUUAUCGCCUAUGAAUAUCAUCUUUCCAAACUGUUCAAAUUUGAGCGGGACAGAAAUCCCAGUUUAUGUACAACAAGAUCACCCAAAUGGUUAACGCGUGUUGUAGUUCCCACCUUAUUCUGAUUAUUUUAAUGUUAUUAUGUGUGAAAAAAUAAUAUAUAUAUAUAUAUAUAUACAUUCUAGUAUACACAUGCUAUUUUUUCGCCGCGCAACUCGCCUACCUCCAGCGCUGGAUAGUUCCGCCCUGUCAGCGCACAUCUGCCUCUGUCACUGCCCAGCUCCCCGCCGACGCCCAAGACCUGUGGCCGCGAAGCUCGUCCGAGGGCUAGUCGGAGGAGCCAGCAGAGGAGCACAAGAAUGGCAUGGCGGAUGCUGCGAAGAAAGGAUGUCCAAGCAGGCCUCAUGAACUUGGCUUUCCGCACAGAUCAUGGUGGAAUGAAGCAUUUCUCCAGCGGAAAUUUGGGGAAGCUGACGCAGUUUGCCCAUAGCAAUAGACUCCAAGGUGGGAUCUUUCAACACUACACUAUCAGGAAUGUUCAUGCAGGUGUGUAUAUGUUAGCAUGGAGCCGGAAAAAGGAGGAUGUUGCAGGGCUAAAAGCACCAAAAAAGGAGAAGCGGGUGAAGAAAGAACCUAGGACUCAAGCUCCUGUAGAAGCGCCAUAUGUUGCACCAAAACCUAAGAUUACCAUUAAAUCAUCACCAGAUAAACUUGUUGAAAUUUUUGAUGGGAUGACAUUGCAUGACCUAUCUAAGCGAUCCGGUGCAGCUAUUAGUGCACUUCAAAGCAUACUUGCAGAUCUUGGUGAAAGGGUUGAAUCAGAAUUCGACUCUAUCGGCAUUGAUCUUGCUGAGUUAGUUGCUAUGGAAAUUGGUGUUAAUAUCAGAAGAAUGCACACAGGUGAAGGUGUGGUCGAACCACGGCCUGCUGUUGUAACUGUUAUGGGUCAUGUUGAUCAUGGUAAAACAUCACUUCUGGAUUCCCUACGGCAAACAUCUGUUGCAGCUAAGGAAGCUGGCGGGAUCACUCAGCAUAUAGGUGCCUUCGUUGUUGAGAUGCAAUCUGGAGCCUCUAUCACAUUUCUUGAUACACCAGGGCAUGCUGCAUUUAGUGCUAUGCGGGCCAGAGGUGCAGCUGUCACAGAUAUUGUAGUGCUUGUGGUUGCAGCAGAUGAUGGUGUUAUGCCUCAAACCCUUGAAGCUAUUUCACAUGCAAAGGUAGCAAAUGUUCCCAUUGUAGUUGCCAUAAACAAAUGUGACAAAUCUGGAGCUGAUCCUGAGAGGGUGAGAAUUCAGCUUGGUUCAGAAGGGUUGCUUUUGGAGGAUAUGGGUGGUGAUGUACAGGUUGUUGAAAUUUCUGCGUUAUCAAAACUUGGUUUGGAUAAACUGGAAGAAGCUUUAUUUCUUCAGGCUGAGAUAAUGGACCUAAAAGCCAGAACAGAUGGGCCUGCUCAAGCUUUUGUGGUGGAGGCAAAGGUGGACAGAGGCAGGGGACCACUUGCAACAGCUAUAGUUAAGUCUGGCACAUUAGUUAGUGGGCAGUACAUUGUUGUGGGAGCAGAGUGGGGAAGAAUUAGAUCACUUAGAGACACCACAGGGAAAGUAACAGAGUCUGCAAAACCCGCAAUGCCUAUUGAGAUUGAGGGGCUAAGGGGCCUUCCAAUGGCUGGGGAUGAUGUAGUGGUUGUUGACUCGGAGGAAAGGGCAAGAAUGCUUAGUCAAGGGCGGAAGAAGAAACAGGAGAAAGAUAGGCUUCGGAAGAUUGAUGAGGACAUGACUGAGGAGGCAGAAAAUGCAGAUGAGACUCCUGAAAGAGUUGAGAUGCCCAUUAUUGUUAAAGCUGAUGUACAGGGCAGUGUUCAAGCAGUUACAGACGCCUUAAGAAGUCUUAAUAGUCCACAGGUGUUUGUGAAUAUUGUUCAUGUUGGUGUCGGUCCAGUAAGUGAACAUGACAUUGAUCUGGCACAAGCAUGCCGAGCAUACAUAGUUGGUUUCAACGUUCGCAAUCCACCAAGUGCAAUCACUCAAGGAGCAACACAAGCCAACAUUAAGAUUUUGCUGCACAAGGUGAUUUACCAUCUCCUUGAGGAAAUGGGAAGGCUGAUUGUGGAGAAGGCACCAGGGACUGCUGAAACCCAAAUUUCAGGGGAGGCUGAGGUUUUGAACAUAUUCGAGCUGAAAGGGCGUAGCAAGUCAAAAGGGCCAGACAUCAAGAUUGCUGGCUGCCGGAUUACCGAUGGUCACUUUAGCAGAUCCGGAACCAUGAGACUGUUGAGAAGCGGAGAUGUUGUCUUUGAAGGUCCAUGCGCUUCUCUGAAACGAGAGAAGCAGGAUGCUGACACGCUCGACAAGGGUGACUGUGGAUUGGUGAUAGAGGAUUGCGAUGACUUCCAGGUUGGGGAUACCAUCCAGUGCUUGGAGCAGGUGAUGAGGAAGCCCAAGUUCAUAUCGACUCAAAGCGGUGCAGUCCGUAUAGAGUGCUGAUUGAGAAUAAUUGUUUGGUGCGGGCAUGAUCCCAUAUCUGUGAAUUCAACCAUUCGUUUUCAACUGACCAAAAUUUUGGCUAUAUAGCGAGAUAAAAACCAGGUUGGCAUUGUGCAUGGACGACUGUUCUGCAAGUUGCCACUUUUUCUUCUCGGUCUUGUGUUGUGUUGGUGUGUUUCUUUUUCUUUUUCUUCUUCACCCUUGUAACCCUUGUGUGUUCUGGUUCAUUUGAACCCAUCUUGUAGAGGCUGAAAACCU